GCUUCCUGUUUAAAAUGUUUUGAUUGAUGCAGUUCUCACUCUGCGAGAUAAAGAUAUUCACGAGAACCGAAACUUAAUAUUGAUUUAAAUCUUAGAUCGGCGAUGUUUGGGAUAUGAUUUGUAUGUUUUCACAAUAAAUUAUCUGUGAAACUUAUAGACACGUGCAUUUAUUUAAUAGCAAGGAAAUCAAUUGAAAGGGAGCUGAGCUGAUGAGUGGCAGGAGGUUUAAACCCAACCGGGGUGGAGGACGCUUUAACAAACCCAGAGGAGGUUCUGGAGGCAAGAAGACUUCCAGUGCAGACUGGGAUGAUGGAGAUGAUUUCAGCCUGGAUCUGGCACCGCGUCGGUCAUUUAAACCCCCCUCAUCUAGAGGAGGAGGUUCAGGUGCUGGCAGAAGUUACAGAGGUACCGGCAGAGGAAGAGCUCAAGGACCUGGCAGAGGAAGAGCUCAAGUACCUGCCAGAAAAUACGAGGAGCAGGAAAAGAGAGAAAGAUUCAAACCUGAGCAGGUGCACCUGCCCCUACCUCUACAGAAGAUACACAUGACCUCAGAAAACAAGCUACAGGUCAAGGAACUGCUGCGAGAACUUCAAAACCAGGAAUAUAACACACCGUGCAGUGGCUCUGAUUAUGAAGGAGGGGAGGAAGGUGAAGAAGAGGAGUAUGAUGAGCUGGACCAUCGUGAGGAAGGUCACUUCUGGUUAACCCACGAUGAUGGAGUUGAAUGUGCUGAGGAUGAUGAGGAGUGGAUGGAGGACUUGAUAGAAGAGAAGCAGACCAAACCAGAGCCAGUAAUCUCAUUGUUUGCUCUGGGCACUCUUUGCAGGUAUGGUUUUGACCGUGAGCGCAGUAGGCAAGUGUUGGAGGCGGGAACUGGAGAAGGAAGUGGGCGUGGUGAUGUUGGAGUGACAUUAGAGCUCCUCCUCUCUCAAAUGUUUACAGAGCGUUUCGGCUCCAGCGCCCUCUGUCCCCAGACAUCUGACCUCCCUUCAAAAGAGGAAUGUGAAGCUUUGCGACAAGAAGAGACACUCGCUUUGACCGCGAUCUAUGGGGAGCGGUUCUGUGAGCGCAUCAGCAGUCGUGUUUGGAUUGUAAACCUCGAUAUGCUGUGGCUGGAAGAAGGGCGGAGCGAGCUGUCAGGCUCUGCGAAUCGAAAACAGCAGUCGGGGUCUAAACAGAUUUGUAGGUUUUACCUGAAAGGGGCAGGCUGUAGGUUUGGAAACAAGUGCAAAUUCAGGCACGAACGUCAGACUGAAUCUAACGCUUCCAGAGAAUCUUCCGGACCUAGUCGACCGGGAUUUAACAGCUUUGAACCUCCCGUUUACCAGCUGGAGAUUCGGUUCCAACCAGGCAGCUUUUACCCCUUUCAGCCUCCACUUGUGGCCUUCAGUACCACUGAUGAAUCGCUCUCAGGUGCGGGUCGCCUCAGCGUGACAGAGUAUCUUUUCGGACUGUCCCUGAAUGCGGCGCAAGAAGGUGAGCCGGUGGUCUACACCCUCAUUUCAUGUCUGGAGGAGGAUGGACCCAUCAGAGAACUGUUGUCAGUUGGACAUCAUAAGUACAGUGCUCCGCCUCCUGUGCUGGUUCCUCCCAAGGUGACUCCAGCGAGGAUCCGAAGCAGUAAGAACGCCUUGGAUGACAACAGAGCAAACAGAGAUCGAUCCACCAACACCAUAGAGAGCACAAACCAUAGACCGAAACUAAAGGAAGAUGCACCCUUCUUAAGAGAGGAUAUAGAUGAUGAGCAAGAAGAAGGUGAUGAUGAAGAUGAGGAAGAAAGUAUCCCGGUGCAAAAUGAAAGCUAUGUCAACUUGAGGAAGAGGAUGGUGAAGAAGACCGAGAUCAGAACUGAGCAAAUACAGCAAGACAACAAGAAACUCUGUGGGGAGUUCAGGAGGAAACAGUCCUCCAGGCGGUACAUUUCUAUGCAGGAGCAAAGGCAGAAGCUACCAGCGUGGCAGAAGAGAGAGGCUAUAUUGGAGUGUUUGGAUAAAAAUCAGGUUCUUGUCAUCAGUGGAAUGACUGGGUGUGGGAAAACCACUCAGAUACCCCAGUUCAUCCUGGAUAGUUUCCUCCGGACUGGGCGGACGGAUAGAUUUGCCAACAUAAUUUGCACUCAGCCAAGGCGAAUCUCUGCCAUCACUGUGGCGACCCGAGUGGCCCAGGAACGAGCAGAAGCUCUGGGUCACUCUACCGGCUAUCAGAUCCGUCUGGAGACUGUCAGGUCCUCCAGCACCAGACUUCUGUUCUGCACCACUGGUGUCCUCUUGCGAAUGCUAGAAGGUGAUGCUGAGCUCAGUGGUAUCAGUCAUGUGAUAGUGGAUGAGGUUCAUGAGCGAACAGAAGAGAGUGACUUCCUGCUGCUGAUUCUGAGGGAUCUGAUUGUGAAACGGUCUGAUCUGAAAGUUAUUAUGAUGAGUGCAACCCUGAAUGCCGAGCUCUUUUCGGAGUACUUCAAUAAUUGUCCCAGCAUCCACAUACCAGGUCGAACAUUUCCAGUGGAGCAGUUCUUUCUUGAAGACGCCAUUGCUAAGACCAGGUAUGUAAUUGAAGAUGGUAGUCCAUACCGGCGUACUACAAAGAAGAACGGUCCUCCCAAUCAGAGUGUCAGGACUGGAAAAGGCCGGGCUCCUGUAGAAGAUCAUGAUGAUGAUGAUGGUGGCGGCUGGUCAUUUACCUCCUUAAUGAAUAAGGAUUCGGUCAAAGACUCCAUCCCAGACCAACAGCUCAGUCUGCAGGAACUUACAGUCAGAUAUUCCAAUUACUCCAAGUCUGUGUUAAAAACAUUGGCUGCUAUGGACCUUGACAAAAUCAACAUGGAUCUUGUGGAGAGCUUGCUAGAAUGGAUUGUAGAUGGAGACCACGGAUACCCACCAGGUGCUGUUCUGGUUUUCCUGCCAGGACUGUCUGAAAUCAAGCAGUUAUAUGAGCAGCUGCAGUCUAACAGGAUGUUCAAUAACAGAAGAGCUAACAGAUGUGUUGUUUAUCCACUACACUCGUCCCUGACCAAUGAGGAGCAGCAGGCGGUCUUUAUCCGCCCACCUGAGGGGGUGACGAAAAUCAUCAUAUCCACCAACAUUGCUGAAACCUCGGUCACCAUUGAUGAUGUGGUUUAUGUCAUAGACUCAGGCAGGAUGAAGGAGAAGAGGUACGACGCCAGUCGCAGUAUGGAGAGUUUGGAGGACGUCUGGGUGUCUCGCGCUAACGCUCUUCAGAGAAAAGGCAGAGCUGGUCGUGUGGCAUCGGGUGUCUGUAUUCAUCUCUUUACCAGCCAUCGCUUCACUCAUCACCUCAACCAACAGCAGCUGCCUGAGAUCCAGAGAGUUCCUCUGGAGCAGCUGUGUCUGAGGGUUAAGGUUCUGGAGGUGUUCGGAGAUCGUCCUCUGAACUCCGUCUUCUCUCAGCUCAUCGAGCCGCCAACAGAGGGCAGCGUGGACGCGGCUAAACAGCGCCUGUGUGCUUUAGGAGCUCUGACGGAGGAGGAGACUCUGACCCCGCUCGGCUGGCAUCUGGCAUGUCUGCCCGUGGAUGUCCGUAUUGGUAAACUCAUGCUGCUGGGAGCCAUCUUCCGAUGCCUGGACCCUGCCCUCGUCAUCGCUGCCAGCCUGGCCUUUAAGAGCCCAUUUGUGUCUCCCUGGGAUAAAAGAGAGGAAGCUAAUGAGAAGAAGCUGAGUUUUGCUUUGGCUAACAGUGAUCAUUUAGCCUUGCUGCAGGCAUACAAGGGUUGGUGUAACGCAGCACAGAACGGCUCUAGGGCUGGCUAUCAGUACUGCAGAGAGAACUUCCUCUCAAUCCGGGGAUUACAGGAAAUAGCUUGCCUUAAAAGGCAGUUUGCAGAGCUGCUGUCUGACAUUGGCUUUGUAAAGGAUGGAUUGAAGGCCAGAGACAUUGAGAAAAUGAGCUCCAAAGGCGGGGAUGGUGUAUUGGAGGCCACAGGAUAUGAGGCAAACCUGAACUCCGAUAACACAAAGCUGAUGUCAGCCAUGUUGUGUGCAGCCCUGUACCCCAACGUUGUGCAGGUGAGAUCUCCUCAGGGGAAGUAUAAGCUUACUAGUAAGGGGGCUAUGAAGAUGCAGCCUAAAGCAGAGGAACUGCGCUUUAUGACCAAGAAUGAUGGACCCGUCUAUAUACAUCCCUCAUCUAUCAACUUCUCUGUGCGGCACUAUGACAGCCCGUAUCUUGUGUACCACGAGAAAGUGAAGACCAGUCGAGUGUUCAUCCGUGAUUGUAGUAUGGCAUGCGUAUAUCCCAUGGUGCUGUUCGGGGGUGGGAAGGUCAGUGUGGAGCUGCAGCGUGGACAGUUCAUUAUCUCCCUGGAUGAUGGCUGGAUCAAAUUUGCUGCCGCGUCUCAUGAGGUGGCAGAGCUGGUGAAAGAGCUGCGCUGGGAGUUGGAUCAGCUCUUAGAGGAGAAGAUCAAGAACCCAAGCAUAGAUCUGAUCAGCUGCCCUCGAGGGUCCCGCAUAAUCCAUACUAUAGUGUCACUUAUCUCAACACAGUAACAAGCAUUCGUCCAAUUAACACGGUGGUAAUUUUACAGACCAGUAAAUCAAAGUGAGAUGUUUGUCUAAAAACUGCCUUAUAAUUGAGAACUGUAGAUUCACAUGCAGUGUACUUUGUAUGAUUUUACACAAACAGCACUUGAGGUCCACAUUGGACUGCUUUUAAGUGCAAUAUUACAGUACUUAAAGAAAGCAUAUGCAUGAAUUUUGAAUGUAAAGCAUGAGGUAUUUAUGGAUAAAAGUCUGUAUGAAUUACUGUAUGUGUCAAAUAAAAUGAAUAGGGUGUUGUUGAAAGAUACACUUGUAUAAUGA